GUUGAAGUCCACAAGUCAUAAAAGGGCUACGUUUGAAGACCCCAGUGCUAAAGCUUUGUGGACCAACUCUGGAAUGGAUCCCAUCCUGGCUGUGUUCACACAGCCCAUUCAACCAGGUCAAUGAAGGAACUAGCAGCUGCGCUGAUUAGCAUCAAUAGCGGUUAAUUUUUUUGAGAUGCAACCUCAACUGUUCGUGGCCCAGGGUCCUGGUUUAGAAAUAAGUGAAUGUAGCAGGCCAGAUCUGAAAUGUUUUUGAGCAAAUUGUGGGUCUAGGAUGAGCUGUGGCCAAUGGAGGAGGGGUCUGGACACACAACGUUGCAAACCCUCUUUGGGGGGGUGGGCGCUUCCUGAGCAAAAGGGGCUGGGUGUUAGUUCUUUGCCUUGGCUUCUCUUGUGUUAUUUUGAGACCCAUUUAGUGACAAUCGCCGUAGAGCAUCAGCUACACUUGGCUGUCCACGUGCAUGGAUUACUGCAAUGCGGUUAACGUGGGGCUGCCCUUGAAGACUGUUUGGAAGGUGACCUGGGUCUGGAUGGAAUGUGGUGGCCCAGAGGUCAGAGAUGGGCUAAGUCAUUCCUCAUGGUGGGACACAUUUGCUCCAGGAGUUGCACAGGUCCGAAAGCGUCGUUGGGAUUGUGAGUGGAAGCCUGAGGGAUGUGCUUGAAAUUCCAUGCUGUGCCAGUCACGUCGCCCAGCGUCCCCUGCAGAAUAUUUCAUUAGACGCAGCCGGGAACCGUAUCCAGAACACAACCAAGAUGGCCUCCCCAGCCGACAGCUGCAUCCAGUUCACCCGGCACGCCAGCGACGUUCUGCUCAACCUCAACCGCCUUCGGAGCCGGGAUAUCCUUACUGACGUGGUCAUUAUCGUGAGCCGGGAGCAAUUCCGGGCGCACAAAACGGUGCUGAUGGCCUGCAGCGGCCUUUUCUAUAGCAUCUUCACCGACCAGCUGAAGUGCAACCUGUCGGUCCUGAAUUUAGAUCCAGAGAUCAGCCCGGAAGGAUUUGGGAUCCUGCUGGAUUUUAUGUACACGUCUCGCCUCAAUUUGCGGGAGAGCAACAUCCUGGCGGUGAUGGCCACCGCUCUCUACCUGCAGAUGGAGCAUGUGGUGGACACAUGCCGGAGGCUCCUGAACUCCAGUGAAAUGGAAAUGGUCUCAGCUGCCAAAAGUUCCCGGGAAGAUUUCUUAGCUAACCAGAUGCUCAGCCAACCCAACAUGAUGGCUUACAGGAGCCGGGAUAUCUCGGAAAGCACCUUACCACUUCGGAACGGUUCCGUUUGCGACGGGCGAGCCUUCAUGCCCAGUUUGUACAGCAGCAUGUCCGGAUCCCCCAUCUCCUACACUAGCUACAACCCCGUGCCCAUCGGCGGAUACCUGUACUCGGAUGAAGAACUACGAGACGCACGGAUGCCCAUCUCGGAGGCUUCAAAAGGGCACCCUUUUUCGAGAGAGAGCGCGGCACCGUGCAACGUGCAACGGACCAACGCCACCGAGUUUACCAGAGCGGUGGCUAAUAUCUCCCCCGCCCUCUGCCACCCCGCCGUCUACUCCCCAAAGGAAGAAGCGGCUGAGGAGAACAAAACUGAAGUCCGUUACGGUGCCACGACGGGCCCUGAUCCUGCACCCUCCCUGGCUGCCAACAACGCCUACUUUGCGUGCAGCAAAACGAGCAAGGUGGAGGAGAGGUCCACUCCCGAAGCCAAGAGGACCCCGUGCUUCGAGCCCACCAACGCACCCUUGAACCGCAAAGUGGUGACCAGCCCUCAGAGCCCCCAGAAGUCGGACUGCCAACCGAAUUCGCCGACCGAGUCCAGCAGCAGUAAGAACGCCUGCAUCGGUCCGAGCGCGACGUCGGCUAAGAGUCCUACGGACCCCAAGGCGUGCAACUGGAAAAAGUACAAGUUUAUCGUGCUCAACUCGCUCAACCAGAAUGCCAAGGAGGACGGCCCCGAACACACCGAGGCUGGGACCCUCUCCCCACGGCAGUACGGGCCCUCCUUGGCAUGUCAGCAAUCUCUGGAACCCGAGAACAUGGAUGCGCAGUCCCCAACCAAGCUCAACAUCAGCGGGGAAGACUCAACCAUCCCACAAGCGAGCCGCCUAAACAACAUUCUUAACAGGUCACUUGAUGGUUCUCCUCGGAGCAGUGAGGACCAGUCCCCGUUGUAUCUGCAUUCGUCCAAGUGCAGCUCCUGCAGUUCUCGGUCCCCGCAGCAUUCGGACAUGUGCCUUCAUACUCCCGGAUCCAACUUUGGAGAAGAAAUGGGGGAAACCCAAUCGGAAUAUUCAGAUUCCAGUUGUGAAACCCGGUCUUUUUUCUGCAAAGAAUGCCAGUGCCCAUUCUCGGAAGAGGCCGCGUACAAGAAACACUCCCUGCAGACGCACAGUGACAAACCCUACAAGUGUGACCGUUGUCAGGCCUCGUUUCGCUACAAGGGGAACCUAGCCAGUCACAAAACCGUCCACACAGGCGAGAAGCCCUACCGUUGCGGCAUCUGCGGGGCGCAGUUCAACCGUCCGGCCAACCUCAAGACUCAUACGCGGAUCCACUCUGGGGAGAAGCCGUAUAAAUGUGAAACGUGCGGAGCUCGCUUCGUACAGGUGGCCCACCUCCGGGCGCACGUGCUCAUCCACACCGGGGAGAAACCGUAUCCGUGCGAAAUAUGUGGCACUCGUUUCCGACAUCUCCAGACCCUCAAGAGCCACUUGCGAAUCCACACUGGAGAGAAGCCCUACCAUUGUGAAAAGUGCAACCUGCACUUCCGACACAAGAGCCAACUCCGCUUGCACCUCCGGCAGAAGCACGGCGCCAUCACGAACACCAAGGUGCAGUACCGCCUCUCUCCUGUCGACGCGCCCCCGGAACUCUCCAAGGCGUGCUGAGGACUAGUGGCAUAAAACGGCGGAUGAAGCCAAAAGAGGCUCCUUCCGGGGGAAAAAGCGGGCGGGGUUGUCCAAAGGAUGCUUCGAUCACUUUAGGAAAAAACGAAACAAACAAACAAAAAACAAAAAAUACCCCACGUGUCGUCGUUCUUGCUGUUUGUGUUGUUGUCGUCGUCGUUACACAUCCGAGUGCCUCUAGAAGCCCGGAGCGAAAGACAGAUGGGGUGCAAAACAGGGACACAGUUUACGUUCCGUUUACACCGGUCGGUUCUGUUCCCCGGUUUGUGUAAACUUCACAGUUGGACUACUUGUAUGUGCACUUUGUGUGGCAUGUGUGCGCGGUGCGUGUGUGUGCAAGCGGAAGAGAGGAUCAACGACCUUUCUUACAACGUCUGUGGGGGGGGGGAACUGUCGAAAACCCGUCCCCCCCUCCCCGCAGGCAGAAAUUGAAUGUACAUCGUUUUUACGAGAGCGAAGUGUAGAUCUUUUUAUGCAAAGUUGUUUGUGUGUGUGUGUUUCACAACAGAGAAAGAGAUUGUAUAACGGAUACGAAAGGGGAGGGGGGGGCUUUAAACUUUUUAACCAAAGGUGAAGGAAAUUAUGGCGGAAUUGUAAAUAGAUGAAGAUAUAUGAAAUAUAUAUACAUAUAUGUGUGUAUGUAUAUAUAUAAAUAUAUAUAUAUAAAUAAAUGACACACACACACAUAUAUGUAAAAUGCAUUUAUAUAUAUGUGUGUGUGUGCCUUUAAAAGAUAUUAUAUAUACAUAUAUAUAUAUAUGUAUAUGUAUAAAUGCAUUGAAGUCUCUAUGUUUAGUCUCUGCAGGCAGAGGCUGAAGAGAGGCACCAUUGCAAAAAAAAAAAAAAAAGGAGCACUUAACAAGAUAUUUUAAAACAAAACAAACAAACAAAAAAAUUUCUGCAUCCGUCUUGGUGAGCAAAUAUUUUGUCUAAGAGCCUUGAGUGUGUAUUUGUAUUUUUUUGCAAGUGAAGGUUUACAAUUUACAAAAAACAAAAAGCGUGUAUUAAAAUAAACGAAAACUAAAGCUGCAGAAGGAAUUUAAAAUAAUAUAAAGUGUAUUUUUUUUCCAGUCUGUAUAUAUAUAUAUAAAUAUAAAUAUAAAUAUAUGUAUAAUGUUUGUUGGGGGAAAUAUUAUUUUUUUGGUUUUUUUCACAGUGCCUUUCGUUUCUUCGACAAAACUGAAUCCCCGGCGGGCGGUGUGGUUUUAAGGAUGAUGAAAAGAGAGAGUGACCCCGGGCAAACUCCGGAUAAAAUAAAGCAAAGUCUGUUUUGUUCUCUCUUUUUUUCUUUUUUUUCUUUUUUUUUUUUUUUAAGAAAAAAAGGAAAUACGAUAAUUUGGCCUCAUUUUAUACACUUGUGUUACAAUCAGUCCUAUCUCGGUGACAGGGUUUUUGGGCUACAUCAAACUGCAUUAAUGCAUUCUGUAAAAUAGAGCUGUACAAAUCCAGGAAAAAAAUGAAUAAAACAGCAGAACCAGGAGCCAAAA